AUGUCGUCGUGUUUCGGUGGUCAAGAAAAACAAAUAUAUCUGGUCGAAGUAUUGAUCGAUAAAUUACAAUUGACGGCGGAUAAAAUGAAGGAUAUCGGUGAACAAGGUGUUACGAUUAAAGUCAAAUUACUCGAUUUUCCAAUAUUCGAAAUCGCGCGUGAGGAUUUUGAAUCGGUGAACAUUCCUCCUAUAGGAGAAAACGGGAUUAUCAAAUUUUCCAUUGGUAGAAGUUGUUUAUUUAUUAGAAAACCGAAAGAACUUGUCGAAGAACUACGAACGACCAAUGUCGUAAUCGGUGUAUUUUGUAUCGGUGACAGUUAUCCUUUAGCAGAAACCACUGUCAAAUUAUCCGGUUGUCUAUGCGACCAAGUAGCAAUGUCAACUAAUGAUCCCGAAAAUAUGCCUAAACCAUUCUCGAUAAAUGGUGGUUUUCAUCUAUUAGAUCCAGGAGAAAAUCCAUCAGGAAUGUUGGACAUGGAAUUGAAAAUCACUUGUUUCGGGCGAUUCAUAAUAACGAAAUACGAGCUGAGGCCGAAUUUCGUGAUUUUCAAAAAACAAGGGGACAUGAGAGAAUUUUGCGUAGAACGUAACAUACCGCCUCACGUUCGUGAAAAUUUGAUCAAAGCGGAUUAUCCAUUACCGGAAACCGUACGCGAAAAAUUAAUCCCCAGUUCCGAGAUCAAAGUUCCUGAUCAGCAAAAGAAAGAAAAAAAGGGAAGUGGAGGAUAUGAAUAUGAAUUAGCAGGUUGCGUGUGUUCCGGUUCACCGAGUCUUUACAAGAAACCAGAAGAAUCAGCUAAGCAAAAUUCUUCUUGUAAAUCUGGUUCAAUUAAUUUCAAAUUAGCAAAGCCUGGUUGUACUUGCGCAGGAAAAGAUUCAUCGGCUGUUUGGAAUAAAGGUGGUCGAGGGUGUAACAAAAAACCAUGUACAGGAAUCGAUUGUCUGUUACGUGCGUUCAAAGAAGCACAAGAAUUUGUUGAUUCUUUGGGUAAAGUACCUGGUCUCGAAGGAUUAGGUUUGAUGGAUCCUUCGGAAAGUCCUUUCUUUGGCAGAGAUAUUAGUAAGGAUUACGAGACAGAUGAAACACAAUUAGAAAGGAGAGCAAGGAUUAUUUCAUCGCAAAUUCCAUCACCGAAUCCUCAAUGCACAGCACCUUGCAAUCCACGUUUUGGAACAGAUAAAUUUGAUACUAGGACCGAUAAUAUUUCUAUACUUCCUACAACUUUGGCUUACACUACACCAACCCCAUUAACGAUAGCCGUACCAGGUCGUACAGGAGUCGUACGAGAAGCUGUACCAACGCUACCUGAUAAUGGUUCUACUAUAAUUUAUAGUAAACCAAAAAAGAAAGAAGAGAAAAGGGAGGAUAAGAUCGACAAAUCUAAAGAAAUCGAUCCUACACCACCUGCACCUUUGGAAAUUGAUUUAGGUCCUUGCGGUGAACCUAAAUGUAAAUCGAGACUUAAAAAGAAUACGAGUACAGUGGAAUCAAUCGAGAAUACUGAACAUUCUAAUAAAAGAUCAACGACCCAGAUAAAAUCUGUCAAUGCUACUAGUGUUACAACCCAUUUGACAAGUAGUAAAGCAAGUGAAAAGGGAAAACAUCAUAAACUGAAAGCCAACUCUGUAGGACCAUCUGGUGAUAGGAAUAUUAAAACACCAAUAAAAGUUAGCAAACGUGUUAUGCGUUAUGUGUAUUCCAUCGGUGACGUUUAUCCUGGUGUCCAUUAUGGUCACAAAAAUUGUAUCGAUAUUCGCAUGAGAGUACCAGCCAAUAUGGGUUGGCUAUGGAACACCAGCAGUACUCUUUACAAUUUAAAACCACGAAUUGGUUGGAAACCUGGUGCCAUAGGAAAAUAUUUGAGCGAAUUGCUUAGAGAAGCUAAAGCUGGAUCUGUUGUUGGUGAAAGUAGACCCAGAUCUGUACCGUCUCGUACCAGAAAAACUAAAGCUUUCAGAAGUAUGAGCUUCACGUCGGUGAAAAAAUUACAAGCAAAGAAAGAAAACGAAGAAGAAGUGGAACUACCACCAACAUUGCACAUUCAUAGAAAAGAUGGGACAUAUUACGUUACAAUGUAUCCAAUAAAACAAGAAACAAUGGACGUACCGAAACUAGAAGAACCGAUGAAACCCCUGCAAUUUAAAAUUGUUAAAAACAAAGACGACGAAUCGGUUGCAUCGAGCUCGACCGCGUCAGACAUGGAAAUUGAAUUUUCACCUCCUGCGGCUGUUAACAGAUAUCGAAAAAAGCCUGAUGUUGUUCACGUAGAAACUCAAGUAAAACAACAAGAGAUACUCGAUUCAUUCAAAAUCACGGAUACUUCGAAAAAAGAUAAGAAAAAUAAAAAGGAA